AUGGAAAAAAAGAAAGUGGUAUGGGGCGAAUACAGCCUUAAGCAGAUAUUGGAAAUUGGAGAUGCAAGUGCGAAAGACCAAGCUAUUCCAUACAAGCCAGAAAAGACAGGAGGAGCCGUUGUUAUAGAGAAAGUCAUGAAGUACGACGAAUGGUAUGAUGCCCUCGAAGAUCCCGCCCUGAAGGAUACUCUUAUUAGAUCGUAUUCAAAUCUGAGGGGACUAUUUGAAGAUCUCAAGGUUGCAAAAGAUAGGCAAUCGAACGCGAAAGCCCCUACGGAUAUUCAACUUGACCUAGAAGCCUUUCACCCGGUCGUCAUGCCGGCAUCCAAUCUCCGUAACGGCGAUGGCUAUUCAUUUAAGUCUUCGGAAAGAAGAAAAUAUGAAAUGAUUGAGGUUGAGAAAACCCUGCCGAGAAUCGAGAGGCGGGAGGGCACCGAAGCUACCACCAGACUAGCGAAAGGUUUCCCGACGAGGAGAAAGAUGAGCGAAUGGAAUGACAUCAUGUAUGAAAUUACCAACCUUCCGAAGUCAACUCCUCGCUACCGAGGUAGAAAGGCUAGUAAGUUCGGGGCCUCAUUCAUACUAUUAGAUGAUGCUUCUAGUCGUCGGAUCGGCUCCUCCAGCCGGUUUCGGAAGGGGAAUCCGCUCGGACUCUCACUCGUAGUCGAAGAGCCGGAUAAACUCCUUUUAAAAAGGCAUAACUCUUCUCAAGUCGCCCUUUUUCAAAAACAGGAAGAAAAGCGACUACCACUUGAAACCAUUCUCCCUCUAGAAGCCACUGCAGCUUGA